AAUAAAACAGGAUUGUCACUUUAUCCAAAAGGAUACAGUUGCUCCACAGUGCCACAAUCCAAUUCCUCAAUGGCUAUCUCAUCCAUAGCCAAUCUCUUCUCCUUCUUCACCCCUUCCAAACCCCCACCCCCUAAAGCACCCACUCUACAAUUCCCUGAUUCACUCUCUUCUUCAAAACCGAACAACAAUGAUUCUUCUUUAUCCAUAGACAAUCACAAGCCAAUAUUACCACUAUCUUCUUGUGAUUCUGAUGUUACUGCCGUAGUUUGCCCUUCACUUGCUUAUGCGAAUACUCUUUAUUAUAAGUCGGCUUAUAAUGUUCAGGUGAUUGUGGGUGAUAAUGAACCUGAAGAGAAGCUUAUUGGAAGGUUUCGUAGAGAGGUAAUGAGAGCUGGGGUUAUACAAGAAUGUAAACGGAGGAGAUAUUUUGAGAAUUCGCAAGAUGAGAAGAAGAGAAGGACACGUGAUGCUGCUCGCCGCAACCGUAAGAGACGUGGCCCACCAAGAAAUUUCUCAGAGGAUAAGCAAGAGACAACUAAGAACAAGAGGGAUGACGACGGGGAAGAUAACUGGGAACUUCCUGAGGGAGGUCUUCCCUAAUGAUUUUAUUGUAGUUUCUUUUUCCUUUUUCUGGUCCUUCUGUAGAAAUGUUGUUUAUUUUCCAUUUUGGAGAGAAGUCUUUUCAUGUAAUUUCCCAUGGUAAUCAAUUUCGUUGAUAUUUCCAACUGCAUUACCUGAUUCUUUGGUACUAUAUACUCGUGAAAAUGUAAUUGUUAAGCCUACUUCAAAGUGUACGAGUUUGUGCUUGCUGUUUCAUA